GGAGAACCGCCGUCUGACGCGAUUAAGAUCUUAGUCACCAGAAAAUACAUCGACUUCGCGGUCUUCAGCGUCAUGUGCACGCUUACCGUUCUUGGAGUCGUUCUCGCCAUUUUCUUCCUUGCUUUCAACAUCUACUUUCGAAAACAACGGUAUAUUAAAAUGUCCAGUCCGUACGUGAACAAUUUGAUCACUGUCGGCUCGAUUUUGACGUACUUGAGUGUGAUCUUGCUGGGCAUCGAUACCAGGCUCGUUUCAGAGGAAAACUUCGGCAGGAUAUGCACGGCCAAAGUAUGGACCCUGUGCCUUGGAUUUACCCUUGCGUUUGGUUCGAUGUUCAGCAAAACUUGGCGAGUUCAUUCGAUAUUCACGAACGUGCAGCUGAACAGAAAGGCGAUCAAAGACUUCAAAUUGUUCUUAAUCGUAGGCAUCCUGCUGCUGGUCGAUGGAAUCGUACUCACCAUUUGGUUGAUCAUCGAUCCGAUGAAAAUGGAUGUCAAGGCUCUGCCGAUUAGAGGCAAUUUAUUGAUCAAGCCCAACAUUGAGUACUGCAAAACGGAGUACACCGUGUUCUUCCAAAGCAUACUGUACGGAUACAAGGGAAUCAUUCUGCUGCUGGGCUGCUUCCUGGCUUGGGAAACCCGCAACGUGAACGUUCCGGCUUUGAACGAUAGCAAGUAUAUUGGGAUGUCCGUUUAUAACGUUGUGGUCAUGUGCGCGUUGGGCGUCGCUAUUUCGUUCAUUCUGCAAGACCGUGUGAACGAGUCAUUCAUCCUCAUCUCUUCGUUCGUCAUAUUUUGCACGACGUUGACGUUGUGUCUUGUUUUUGUUCCUAAGGUAAGCAUUAUCAAUCAUCGUUCAGAUCUCAGCUAUGAAAAUUUGUGCACCGUGAUGGAUUAA